AUGUCGUCCUCCGACAAAGCGCCCGAGCCUGUGAUGCCGACCUUCGAACGCACGCCGCUGCCCGACUUCUCCAAGUCGAACCCACUCGGCGCGCCCAAUCGCUACGUCUCCACCGCUGCCUGCCUCAUCAUCGGCGACGAAGUGCUCAAUGGCAAGACCAAGGAUUCCAACUCGAACUACUUUGCCAAGUUCUGUUUCGACCUGGGCAUCGAACUCAAGCGCAUCGAGGUGAUCCCGGAUGACGAGGAGGUGAUUGUCGAAGCGGCGAAACGAUUGACUUCGCAAUUCGAUUUCGUUGUUUCCUCCGGUGGGAUCGGCCCGACGCCGGACGAUAUCACCUAUCAGUCCAUGGCGAAAGCCUUUUCGGCCGAUGGGCAGCUCGUGUACGACGAAGAAGUGAUCCGACGCAUGGCAGAAAACCUCAAAGCGCGACAAGUCAACACGGACGGGAUCAGUGAAGACAUGAUCACAGCUCGCAAACGUAUGGCCCUAUUUCCCGCACAACACGCAGAAGUGAUCUUCCCGACGGAAAAGCUGUGGGUGCCCGUCGUGCGCAUGGCCGGCAAACUGUGCAUCCUCCCCGGCGUACCGCGCUUGUUCGAAGCGCUCAUCGACGGAUUCGAAUCCUACAUCCCCCUCGACCCCAACCGUCCUAGACCCUACCGCGUCCUCAUCCACACCAGACUCCCCGAAAGCAAUAUCUCCCCCUUCCUCGUCAGUUUGACCGAAAAGUGCAAGCCGCUCGACAUCAAGGUGGGCAGCUACCCCAAGUGGAACAACGGCGUAGACGUCAGUUUGAUCGGUAACGACUGGGAUAAGCUGCAGGAGCUGAUCCCCGAGGUGGAGAAGGAGGUCGAUGGAAAGCUCAUCGAGAGCGGUCAGCUGGGUAAGAGCAGGGAUCAGCCUCAACAGCAGCAGCACAAGAUUUGA